UCCUGGCCGGCGCCACUUAUGGCAUGUGUCAGGCUGUCAAGCAGGGCGGCAGGUGGGGCGAGGCCGGCGGCUGGGGGUGGGCUGCCCCACCUGGAGCACUCGCUGCCUUAUCUUUAGAAAAGUCAGGUUUUUAAUCUGCUGAGUUUUUUUAAAAAAAAAUUCAAAGGAACGUUUCUGGCCCAUUUUGCUUUCUCUUGCGCUAUUUUGCCCGGCGAGGGGCUGCAAAGGACCAACCUGAACGGAGUCCCGCCCUCCUAAAUCCAGGGAAGCUUCGAAGGGGCGUAACUCGCGUUAGGACUCCGGCGGAGAGGAGCGAGUUCGAGGCGGCCUUUGGAGGGAGAGGGCCGGAUGCUCCCCGGGCAAGACGUCACACCGCUCGGCGCACCUCGGCCCCGCUUCGCCCGCAAGGCCCUGCCCUUACCCCGGAGUAACUAACACGCGCCUCCGCCUUGUCGGCCCCGGUGGACUGGAGACUGGGAAAGCGGCGCUGCCCCUCGGCUCGGAGGAAUACGGCGCGCCUGGGACGGAUUAGGAGGGAGCCGAGCCGGGCGAGGGAGCGGCGGGAGGGAGCCCAGCCGAGGCCGCCGUCGCCAGCCCUGGCGCCAGCCUCGGCCGCUGCCUGCGCCCCCGAGCGGCUCGGCUUGCCACGGCACGACGGGGAGGCGGCAGGCGAGGCGGGCAGCGCCCAGCGCAGCACCCGGCGGGCGCCUCCAGCUCCCGGCGCGCAGCAGUGGAACAAGAGGAAGCAGCCAGCGAUCUCCUGACUAGAACAAUGCUAAGGGAAUGGGGAAGGGAGAGGACUGGUGUGCCAGCCGAAGUCUGAAAACAGGUGAAUGACGGAGCCGAGGAGGGGAGAGGAGCAAGCAUCACGGCUGUGAGAGAGCCCAGCGGAGAAGGAGGAGGAGGAGGAGGAAGAGGAGGAGGUGGCAGCAGCGAGAAGAGAGCCUUCGGCUCUGUGGCAGAGGACCCUGGCUGUGCGGCAGCUGAGCCAUGGCUACAAAUUUCAACGAUAUCAUCAAACAGGGAUACGUGAAAAUGAAGAGCCGGAAAUUGGGGAUUUACCGGCGUUGCUGGCUGGUGUUUCGGAAAUCUUCUAGCAAAGGCCCUCAGCGGCUGGAGAAGUAUCCAGACGAGAAGUCAGUGUGUUUACGUGGCUGCCCAAAGGUCACUGAGAUCAGCAACGUGAAAUGCAUCACAAGGCUACCCAAGGAAACCAAGCGGCAGGCCGUGGCUAUUGUUUUUACCGAUGACUCAGCUCGGACAUUCACUUGUGAAUCCGAGCUGGAGGCUGAGGAAUGGUACAAGACCCUGUCUGUCGAGUGCCUGGGGGCCCGGUUGAAUGACAUCAGCCUUGGUGAGCCAGAUCUGUUGGCGCCCGGAGUACAGUGCGAACAGACAGAUCGAUUUAACGUCUUCCUGCUGCCGUGCCCAAACCUGGACAUCUACGGCGAAUGCAAGCUGCAGAUCACCCACGAAAACAUUUACCUCUGGGAUAUGCACAACCCUCGUGUCAAGCUUAUCUCCUGGCCCCUGUGUUCGCUGCGCCGCUACGGACGAGAUGCCACGCGGUUUACCUUUGAGGCCGGACGGAUGUGUGACGCAGGUGAAGGACUGUAUACUUUCCAGACUCAGGAAGGGGAGCAGAUCUACCAGCGAGUGCACAGCGCCACUUUGGCCAUAGCCGAACAGCACAAGCGGGUUCUGCUGGAGAUGGAGAAGAACGUGCGGCUGUUGAACAAGGGCACAGAACACUAUUCCUACCCAUGUACCCCUACUACCAUGUUGCCACGCAGCGCCUACUGGCACCACAUCACCGGCUCGCAGAAUAUUGCCGAAUCCUCUAACUAUGGAGAAACUGGUUCCGCUGUCUGGUCCGCAGGCGAUGCCUACUCGGGGCCCCAAGCCAGCUCAGAGACCGACCUCCUGAACAGAUUCAUCUUACUGAAGCCAAACGUUCCCAAAAACAACAAGAAUGAAAGCAAAGACGCCAAUCCUGCUUCCCACUGACGUGGCCCCGGAGGGAAGGGGUCGGGAUUUCGGCUCUAUCGAAGAGGAGUGUGCGCUCGGCACCUAAGACUUUUUUUUUGUACUCCAGUGCCUGGUUUCCCUCCUUUUAUGAGGGGGCUGUGGUUUGGGGACAGCUAGUUUUUUGCUGCAGGAAAAGGGGGUGGAAUUUGCACAGAAGUAGCUCUGUGGAAAACGUUCCAGAUUCAGGCGUUGGACCAGAAUCGUCUGCCCAGCGGGUCAAAUCUUGCUAGGCCUGGCAUGAGGACAAGAACAUAGAGAGGUGGAGGAGGACGUCGCUAUAUAUUGUCAAAAUGAUUUUAAAUAUAUACUAUGGCUUAUGCAUAUUCUAUAUAUCAAGAGGGGUCUUUUUUUUCUCACACAAAUGCACAUUUCGUAGCCACGAAGGCGAAAUUUUUAAACGGUCCGAGGGUGGGUUGGGAUUUUUUUUUUCUUUUUGUAGGGACUGCAACUACAGACCAAAGGGGAGAACAUUUAGUCAAGAAGGGAAAAAAAGCUUCCCAAAUUGGAGUUGGAGAGCAGAAGGACUGGGUUCUCUAGGAGACAAGAAGGCCUCGUGUCUAGUGGCCUGUGAGGAAAACUCGCCAGCAAAGGCCUGUAGAAAACAAAGGUCAUAUUACAGAACAGCCUGGCUUCUUCUGGGAAACACUUGUCUCCAACGUAACCCUGGCCUCGAGGUGGUCAAAGACUAAACAAGAUGAGCAGUCCUGCCCUUUGCCACAGUCCUGUGAGUGAAAACGAGCAUGUUUGGCCCUAAAGGAUUUGCUUGGGAACUUUGCGAGUUCAAAGUCAGAGCGAGGUUUGCCCUGCUCCGAAACAUGUAAACCUGCUCUUGCGUGCACGCAAACACACAGUAGACUUUUGCGAUGUCUCAGGAGAGUGCGGUUUUCUUUCUGGGCUCUGACUAUUGCACAAGUCUCCGUCCCCCUGGCCUUUUGGGGGGAGGCGCAUGCUGUCUCAGUGUGGGGCUGCCAACUCAGGACAGGUGGUGAAGGUGUUUCACUCAAUUGUGCGUGUGUCAGCUGUCCCUCGUGAUAUUUAUGAACAGAUCGCUAAUUGCAAGGGUGGGUUCACCUUCCAAUUUCAAGUUUGGGUGCUAUAUAAAAGAAAUAUGCACGUGGCCCAUCCAAACAAGGCCGAUUCCACACAAAUAUUGUGUGGGGGACCCAGCUGCGGUUGCUUUGUUUAGCAGUGGCUUAUGAAAAACUUCUUGUUGCCCUUGCUCUAGGAGAAGAUUCCCUUGCCUCAGUCUCUCCUCUCUUUCCACAACCCCCUCCUCAAGGCAAAGCUGAACAUUCAGGCAGGGGCCUGUGCCAUUUGCUGCAUCUUUUGUAUACCUCCAACAGGCCUGCCAAACCCCAUUCUGAAUAUUCUGCAUGGUGCAGAAGUUAGGGCCAAACUACAAGUGAUGCCUGACACUAGUUGGACUCUUGUCAGCUUCCCUCAAGUUUUGAUGGGAAAUGUAGGCAGCUUGGCGGUAUGUUGGACAAGUGACAGUUGAAAAGUCCAUUGGACAGCAGUCGGACAGCCAAACUGCAAGACCAGGAUGCCUACAUUUCCCAUCAAAACUUGAGGGAAGCUGACAAGUGUCCAACUAGUGUCAGGCGUCACUUGUAGUUUGGCCCUUAGUUUGAACCUUCCUUUGACUGGCUGGAGACAAUCAGUUGCUCACCAGGGUGCCAGGGGUGGGCGGGUGGCGGGGGGAACGACUAUUUCUUUUCCUAGACUCCACUCCCUCAACCCCACGCCAGUAGCUGCUGCCUCUUCUUUAAGGGAUAUCCCAGCAACUGUGAAGACAGUUAGCUAUCAAGUUGCCAACUCUUUUUAUGAGUGGAAAACCAAGCCUUAACCCUGCACCUUUAUCGGGGGCUUAAUUUGCGGGCCUUAGCAGACGCUUAUCUCAAUAGUAAGGGAACGUUUAACCCGCCGAUGUCUGCUCUUUGAGCCACUCCUGAAGCUGCAGGAGCAGGCCAAACUAGAUUUUUCCUGGUCAUUUGGUAACCUAGUUUUCUAACCCUUCUCUGAUCCUUCCGCUCCAAAGGCCAGUGUUUAUCCCAGCAAAGAUUUCAGCCAUUUUUUCCUUUGCUUCUGCCUUCUGCAUUUUCUCCUUCCCCUUAGCUAGUUAGUAAAGAAAAAGGAGUGAAACACUUUCACGCUGUGGUUGGCUUUUUCCUAUGCUGACAUUUAAAACUCACACAAAAAGCAAUUGAUUUUUCUAGUUUUACUAUUUAUUGAAUACCUUUUAGAAGGGCUAUCUUUUUAUUGUAGUAACAAACCUUGGUAUCGUGGUUUUGUUUUUUUGUGUUCUUUUUUUAAGACAAAAAUUAAUGCUGGAGGUACUUAACUUAUACUAUCGUGGUCUGUCACGUGUAAAUAACUGUGUUUUUGGAUCCUGUGUCUACGUGAGGAAAAAGGAAAGAAUUUUCCUAGCAGAUCUGCUGAAAAAAUUCCAAAAAAGGGGAGAGGCCAUCAACUGUCCAAGCUGUCUUGUUCCAACUUCAAAAAUCUUUUAAAGGGCAGAAUCUUGGAGGAGAGAUCCAUCAGCCCUGAAGAGCUUUGUUUGCAAUGUUUGUUGAGAAUAGGAGCACCUCCGUGCCCAUAAUUGGCCGUUAAAAGAGCUGCCCAUUUUCAUAUCAGACUAUUUAUUCAUGUAUAUACAGUUCAUCAGUGGAGACCCACAGUGGCUCACAACAAUCUUAGGCUCUGUGUGUGUGUGUGUGUGUGUGUGUGUGUGUGUGUGUGUGUGUGUGUUGGGUUGCUAGCCUCCAGGUGGUAGCUGGAGAGCUCCCAGAAUGGCAACUGAUCUGCAAGCCAAAGAGAUCAGUUCCCCUGGAGAAAAUGGCUGCUUUGAUGGGUGAACUCUAUGGAAUUAUACCUCACUGAGGCCCCUCCCCUCCUCAACCCCUGCCCCCUCCCGGCUCCACCCCCAAAAUCUCCAGGAAUUUCCCAACCUGGUCCUGGCAAGCCCCACCAUGCAGCCAUUUCUGGUCGUUGUGCCAUGUUUAUGGAACUUGAGCCUCUUGGGGUGGUUUGCCAGAGCUCUAGCUUGAGUGGGGUGUGUGGAUCCUUCUCUGUGAGGAAUCCUUGGAGAUUGAGAGGGCAGAGGUAGCUCUGCUGAUGUACGCAUUGCCUUCUUGUAGUUACCGUGGUUAUCUUCUCUGAGCCAAAGGUAGAAUGUAACCCCCAUAAAUAAAGCUAGCAACCCACUACUCCUAAGGCAGUUUAAGCCAAAGGCCAUCCCAAGAGUUUUUCCCCACUGCCUGAUUUUUUUCCAUGCUCCAUGAUCUCUCUUUUUCAACCUGCACCCCUAGUGUUAGGCUGUAUUCCUUAGUCCAAACCUGCUUCUGAGAAACAAGGCCCUUCUGCUCCUCAGUCUAGGGGAAAGUGCUCUAUAAGCCUUGCUUCCCCUAACGCCAGGGUCUCUCAUUUUUCUCGUGAUAACAACUACAAUGAUUACAGAAGUGGCCAAGUGAACUGCAUGAUGGUGGGUGGGUAGUUCUAUUAUUAAAUUCCCCCCCUAUAGAAUAUAUCCCUUUAAGUAGAAAACUAGCACAAGAGGGAGAUACCUCUCCCACCUGUGCUGGCUUUCUGCUUGAAGGGUGUUUACGUUUGGGAGUAGUAAAAAAAAUUUAUUCCCUCUCACUCACACACCUGAAGACUGAACUGGUGCAGUCUAUGCUUUCCCCCCUGCUUUUUCACUCCCAUAUUGAGUGCAGCCCCCACCCCCAGCUUCAUAGAUGCAGUGCUGAGAUAGGGUGUGUGUGACACUGAAGGGUUGUAUAGGUGGUUUUUCCGAAAAGGCUUGUGGGCGAUAUCUGGAUUGUUCAGAAUAUUCAACCUGAUGUUAUUCCAGAGCUGGCCCCUAGAGUGAGGCAGCCAUUUUAGGCAGGAGAUUUGAAGUUACAUUAAAGGGCGUCAAAGUUAGUUAUUUGAUUCAUUAUAUCGACUCUUUGCAGGAAGAGGGAGGGGCUAUUUUCUGAUGUACGUUUCUCCACUUCUGAGCAUGUGGGAAGCAUCCUGAAUCGAUAGCAAACACUUCCUAGAAAACUACCCCCAGAAAAUGAAAGUAUAAGUGUAAAUCUAUUGCUUCGAAUAGCAUAAUUUGGUCUGUCUUAGCCAUGUUGGGGGGGGGGGAGAAAACAUCAGGAGGGCUCUGGGGCUUCCUCCACAACCAGUGGAAAUUCUGCUGCCCCCCUGAGCUGGCAGGAAACCUGCUAGGUGUAACCCAAAGCUGUUUUGCAAACAGGGACUAGCAGGGCUUUUUUUUCUGGGAAAAGAGGUGGUGGAACUCAGUGGGUUGCCAGCACAGGGGGCAACUCUUGGCGGGAGGUGGUGCCCCUGGUACCACAUGUGCACGCGCAAAGUGUACGCAUGCUCCCAGGGCCAAUGACGUCACUUUGGGUCAGCUGGAACAA